UCAGAAGUGACAUCUUGCUUACUACUUUGCAUGUGAUCACUGAUUGGCCAAUCAGUGAUCACAUGAUCGGGACCUCGUACAGAGGUCCCGUCCGACGAUCGGUGUUUCACUGUGUCCGGAGGACACAGCGGGCACCGGAUCGCGGUGCUACGCGCUCCCAGGGAGCGCGCACAAGCAGGGGAUGCUGUGACAUGGAGUUGACUAUGAAUGUUUUAUUACUAUCCCCAUAAUUCUUCAAAUAUGCCAUUUAAAAUUCUUUCUUUUUUCUUUUUUUUUUUUUCUUUUUUGUUAAACAAA